AUUAAUCUGACAGUGUUUGGUGGACCAGAGGCCAUCCCACUGCCCCUUUGUGCACUGCUGAGAGGGUGAGCAUGGAGGAGAGGAAGAAUGAGAUAAGCCAAGCGCACACCCUCUUUGACCGGUUUGUGCAGGCCACCACCUGCAAGGGAACCCUUAAGGCCUUCCAAGAGCUCUGUGACCACCUGGAACUGAAGCCCAAGGACUAUCGCUCCUUUUAUCAGAAGCUCAAGUCCAAGCUCAACUACUGGAAAGCCAAAGCCCUUUGGGCAAAGCUGGACAAACGGGGUAGCCACAAAGACUACAAAAAGGGAAAAGCAUGCACCAACACCAAGUGUCUCAUCAUUGGAGCUGGCCCCUGUGGUCUCCGCACAGCCAUCGACUUAUCCUUACUGGGAGCUAAGGUGGUCGUCAUUGAGAAACGAGAUGCCUUCUCCCGCAACAAUGUCUUGCAUCUCUGGCCAUUCACCAUACAUGAUCUGCGAGGUUUGGGUGCCAAGAAGUUCUAUGGCAAGUUCUGUGCUGGAGCAAUCGACCAUAUCAGUAUCCGUCAGCUUCAACUAAUACUUUUGAAAGUUGCAUUGAUCCUAGGCAUUGAAAUCCACGUCAAUGUGGAAUUCCAAGGACUUGUACACCCUCCUGAGGACCAAGAAAAUGAACGGAUAGGUUGGCGGGCACUGGUGCACCCUAAAACCCACCCUGUGUCAGAAUAUGAGUUUGAAGUGGUCAUUGGAGGAGAUGGCCGCAGGAAUACUCUGGAAGGAUUUCGUCGGAAAGAAUUUCGAGGCAAACUGGCCAUUGCCAUUACAGCAAAUUUUAUUAACCGAAAUACAACAGCAGAAGCCAAAGUGGAAGAGAUCAGUGGAGUGGCUUUUAUAUUCAACCAAAAAUUUUUCCAGGAGCUCAGGGAAGCCACAGGUAUCGACUUGGAGAACAUCGUCUACUACAAAGAUGACACACACUAUUUUGUUAUGACAGCCAAAAAGCAGAGCUUACUAGACAAAGGGGUGAUACUGCAUGACUAUGCCGACACAGAGCUCUUGCUUUCCCGGGAGAAUGUGGACCAAGAGGCUCUGCUGAGCUAUGCCAGGGAAGCAGCGGACUUCUCCACCCAGCAGCAGCUGCCAUCUCUUGAUUUUGCCAUCAAUCACUAUGGGCAGCCUGACGUGGCCAUGUUUGACUUCACUUGUAUGUACGCCUCCGAGAAUGCUGCCUUGGUGCGAGAGCAGAAUGGACACCAGUUGCUAGUGGCUCUGGUUGGGGACAGCCUCCUAGAGCCUUUUUGGCCAAUGGGAACAGGAAUUGCCCGGGGCUUUCUAGCUGCUAUGGACUCAGCCUGGAUGGUACGAAGUUGGUCGCUAGGAACAAGUCCCUUGGAAGUCCUGGCAGAGAGGGAAAGCAUUUAUAGGUUGUUGCCUCAGACCACGCCUGAGAAUGUGAGUAAAAACUUCAGCCAAUACAGCAUAGACCCUGUCACCAGAUACCCCAAUAUCAACAUUAACUUCCUCCGGCCAAGCCAGGUGUGCCAUUUAUAUGAUACUGGAGAAACAAAAGAUAUUCAUCUGGAAAUGGAGAACCUGAAUUCCCGCACUACCCCAAAGUUGACUCGCCAUGAGUCUGUACCUCGUUCAAGCAAACUGCUUUGUUGGUGCCAAAGGCAGACAGAUGGCUACACAGGGGUCAAUGUGACAGAUCUCACCAUGUCUUGGAAAAGUGGCCUGGCCCUCUGUGCAGUUAUCCAUAGAUACCGCCCUGAUCUGAUAGAUUUUGAUUCUUUGGAUGAACAAAAUGUGGAGAAGAAUAACCAGCUGGCCUUUGACAUUGCUGAGAAGGAACUGGGCAUUUCUCCCAUCAUGACAGGCAAAGAGAUGGCCUCAGUGGGGGAGCCCGACAAGCUGUCCAUGGUGAUGUACCUGACCCAGUUCUACGAGAUGUUCAAGGACUCGCUCCCCUCCAGCGCUGCCUUGGACCUGAAUGCUGAAGAGAAAGCGGUCCUCAUGUCCAGCACCAAGUCCCCCAUCUCCUUCCUAAGCAAACUUGGGCAGACAAUCUCUCGGAAGCGUUCUCCCAAGGAUAAGAAGGAAAAGGACUUGGAUGGCGCUGGAAAGAGGAGAAAGACCAGUCAAUCAGAAGAGGAGGAAGUGCCCCGGGUGUGCAGAGGAGGAAGACCCACACUGGUGAGCACUCUGACCGACAGGAGGACUGAUGUCACCCUCAGCAACCAGAACAAAGUGAGGUACAUGGCAACCCAGCUGCUGGCCAAGUUUGAGGAGAAUGCACCCCCACAGUCCACUGGCGUAAGGAGACAGCCAACACAGGAGCGUGGGGUCAGCCAGCCGUCCUGCUGCCUACCGGAGCAGGGUCGCCCUGCUCCCACCCCACAGUGGAAACAGCGACGAGAAAAGGAGCGUUCUCGGACCUGCCCCAAAAAAGUGAUCGCCCUCUCUCCACCCCCUACUCCACCUCCCUGUCGGGCACGUGGCCAGCAGACAUACAGGGAUCUUGAUGCUGACAGCCGUGGCAAGCAGAGUCCCCGUCAUGAGAGGCCAGAGCCUGAACCUUCUCGUCGAUUUUUUGUCGACCAAUGGGAACUUUCUCUUAAUCUCCGCUCCUCCGGCCGCCCUGCCUCUCCCUCCUCUGACUCCCUCCGACAGAAGUAUAUAAAGAUGUACACGGGUGGAGUGAGCUCAUUGGCUGAGCAGAUAGCCAAUCAGCUUCAAAGGAAAGAACAGCCCAAAACUCUUCUAGACAAGAAGGAACUGGGCUCUAUGAAGAAGGAGUUUCCACAGAACUUGGGAGGCAGCGACACGUGCUAUUUUUGCCGGAAGCGGGUCUACGUGAUGGAGAGACUGAGCGCCGAGGGCAAGUUCUUCCAUCGGAGCUGCUUCAAGUGCGAGUACUGCGCCACCACGCUGCGCCUCUCGGCCUACGCCUACGACGCCGAGGACGGUAAAUUCUACUGCAAACCACACUACUGUUACCGACUCUCUGGCUCCGCGCAGAGGAAGAGGCCAGCAGUGACCCCUCUGUCUGGAAAGGAGGCCAGAGGACCCCUGCAGGAUGGCGCCACUGCAGACGCAAAUAGGCGGGCCAGCACCAUCACCAACCCUGCUGAUAGAACUCCAGGUUCCAGUGUGAAUGGCCUGGAGGAGCCCAGCAUCGCCAAGAGACUGAGGGGCACCCCUGAGAGGAUUGAGCUGGAGAACUACCGCCUGUCUGUGAAGCAGGCCGAGGAGCUGCAGGAGGUCCCCGAGGAGACGCAGGCCGAGCACAACCUGAGCAGUGUGCUGGACCAGGGCCCGGAGCAGGACGUGGCCAGCAGCAGCUCCGAGUCUGAGAUGGAGGAGGAGCCACUGCCCACCUCGGACCUGGGCGGCGUUCCCUGGAAGGAGGCGGUGAGGAUCCACGCCCUUCUGAAGGGGAAGAGCGAGGAGGAGCUGGGCACCUCGCAGAGCUGCGAGCCGGAGGAGGACGAGGACGAGGACGAAGAGGACGAAGAGGACGAGGACUAUGACGAGGACGACGAGGAGUCUAGUGAAGCUGGGAGGUUGCAGCAGGUCAUAAACGCAGCUGAUCCCCUGGAGAUCCAGGCUGACGUGCACUGGACGCAUGUUCGCGAGAAAGAGCAGGAGGAGCGAGCAGUGCCCACCUCUGAGCCCUCCACUUCUAGAGUGCCUGACCUUCCCUCCAUACGCCGCGCAGCAGUUCAGGCCUGGCUGGAGACAGUGUCCGGAGUCCCGUUUGAUGAGACUGGCCUGGAGGAAGACGUGGACUCGGAGCCGGCAGAGAUAGAAGGGGAGGCGGCAGAGAAUGGGGACACGGGGGACACUGGUGCUGAGCUGGAUGAUGACCAGCACUGGUCUGACGACACCCCGUCAGAUGCCGGAGCCCCGCUGCCCGGGCGGCCCCUGGAGGCGGGAGACGCGGAGCCGGAGCUGACCAUCUCAGAGAGCGAGGAGGAGCGGCCCCCGGCCCCCCUGCCCCAUCACCAGGGAGGUCCCUCCCAGGUCUCCAGCCCCGCCCGGCCCCCUUCGGAACACCAUGUUCCCUUCCCCCCAGUCUGCAGCCCCACGGCCCAGGGGGCCCGGAUCCCACUGCCCUCUGGGGCGACCAAGGUGACAUCGCCCAAGGAGCACCUUUUCCUGGAGGGUUUGGUUUCUAAAGCAAAGCCCACGGCGGACGUUCCCAGCAGUCAGAAAACCGUGCACUCUCCCGUCCAGUCCCAGCCCGCAGCUCUGCCAGCAACCAUGGCGCCUGUCUCCCCAGUCAGUUCACAGGGCCUGUCCCCAGUGGCCACCCCCAACCCCGCCCCGCUCCCCAUUUGCUCCCAGCCUCAGCCUUCCUGUGAGGCCACCGUCCCAUCCCCCACCAAGUCUCCCAUAUGCUUCCAGCCUGUUCCAGCCAAAACAUCCACCCCCCUGCCCCCCCUCCACAUGAAGAACCAAGGGGAUGCCACGGACAGGCUGGGCAGCCCUCUUGCUAUGGACGAGGCCCUGAAGCCAAACAGCCUGGUGGAGGAGUUCUGGAUGAAGAGUGCCGAAAUCCGCCGCAGCCUCGGGCUCACACCUGUGCAUCGGAGCGAGGGGCCCGAGCACAGCUUCCCCGCACCUGCCUUUAAGCCGUUGCCCCUAAAACCCUAUUCCGGGGAGAAGUCCUGUCAGGGUGAGGGGCUCCAUGUUCUACAGCCUCCACCUGCUCCUGAGAGACAGGGCCCGCCGAAGUCAGGUGGUGAGCAGCCCCCCCUGCCCACCCCCAAGUCCCCCUCACACAGGGAGCUGAAGAGCCUGCACGAGGAGCGGAGAGACCUGUCCAGCAGUUCCGGGCUGGGCCUUCACGGGAGCUCCUCCAACAUGAAGACCUGGGGCAGCCAGAGCUUCAACACCUCGGACCCCACCAUGCUCACCCCGCCAUCAAGCCCGCCCCCACCCCCACCCCAGGAUGAGGAGCCUGCAACUCUUCGAAGGAAGCCACAUCAGAUAUAUGGGCACAAGGAGACGGAACCAAAGGCCUCGGGGGCCCCACCCACCCCGCCUGCCGCCGUUCUGCGGCCCCCCCGAGAGCCUGCCCAGCCCCAGCGGGAGGAGGCGCGGAAGUCGUUUGUGGAGAGUGUAGACGAGAUCCCCUUUGCUGAUGACGUGGAGGACACGUAUGACGACAAGACUGAGGAAUCGAGUCUGCAGGAGAAGUUCUUCACACCCCCUUCCUGCUGGCCCCGCUCUGAAAAGCCCCCCCACUCACCCCUAGCCAAGGAGCAUGGUAGGUUGCUACCUCUGGAGAGCGGGGUCCCACAGCAGAAGAGGGGGUUACCAGUAGUCUCGCCAGAAGCCAAGGAGCUGGCUGCGGAGCGCAUGCGAGCCAGGGAGAAGUCAGUGAGGAGCCAGGCACUGAGAGACGCCAUGGCCAAGCAGCUGAGUCGGAUGAAGGAGAUGGAAACGGGGGCUGGGACCUGCGGGCCCCCAGGCGGCGCCAGCCGCAAAGCCGCCCCAAUGCCCUCCAAAGGCAGGACCCCUGAGUCCCCCAAACACCCAGUCCACAAAGGCCCCGAGGAGCCCACCUUGACGCACAAAGCCACCAGCGAGGAGUUCCUCUCCCCCACGUCGGACUCGGGGGCCCCAGAAGGGUCCGUCACCUCCUCCGAGGGCUCCAGCGGGAAGAGCAAGAAGAGAUCGUCACUCUUCUCCCCUCGCAGAAACAAGAAGGAGAGGAAGGCCAGAGGUGAGGGCCGGCCCCCCGAGAAGCCCAGCCCAGACCUCCUGGAGGAAGCUGCUGCCAAGCCCCGGUCCCUGUGGAAGUCGGUCUUCUCUGGGCACAAGAAGGACAAGAAGAAGAAGGGCGACGACAGGUCCUGCUCCAGCACCCCUUCCAGCGGUGCCACCGUGGGCUCGGGCCAGCGCAGGGCGCCUCCAGCAGUGCGAGCAGAGCUGCAGCUCCGGCACCAGCCGAGUUUCUCCGAGGACUCUGACCUCUCCAGCGACGACGUCCUCGAGCGGGCCUCCCAGAAGUGCAAGCGAGAGCCAAGAACUUACACGGAGGAGGAACUGAAUGCCAAGCUGACCCGGCGUGUGCAGAAGGCAGCUCGGAGGCAGGCCAAGCAAGAGGAGCUGAAGCGGCUGCACCGAGCCCAGAUCAUUCAGCGGCAGCUGGAGCAGGUGGAGGAGAAGCAGCGGCAGCUGGAGGAGAGAGGGGUUGCCGUGGAGAAGGCUCUCCGCGGAGAAGCAGUUGGGCCCAGUGGCGGGACUCCACGGCGUAGACCUCUCUCCUUCUGCCCUUGCUGUGUCCAGGAAGGCCUGGGCAAGAAGGACGACCCCAAGCUGAUGCAGGAGUGGCUCAGGCUGGUGCAAGAGAAGAACGCCGUGGUGCGCUACGAGUCAGAGCUGAUGAUCUUCGCCCGGGAGCUGGAGCUGGAAGACCGGCAGAGCCGACUGCAGCAGGAGCUCCGGGAGCGCAUGGCAGUGGAAGACCACCUUAAGACAGAGGAGGAGCUGUCGGAGGAAAAGAAGAUCCUGAACGAGAUGCUGGAGGUGGUGGAGCAGAGAGACGCCCUUGUGGCCCUGCUGGAGGAGCAGCGGCUGCGGGAGAGGGAGGAGGACAAGGACCUGGAGGCCGUCAUGCUGUCCAAGGGCUUCAGCCUGAACUGGUCCUGAGCUCCUGCCCACGCUCUGCUCGCUGGUGUGGAAUCCGCCUGACCUGCUGGGCUCUUCCAACCACCUGGCACCUCCUGGGGGUGUGCACUCAGACAUCCACGCACCCGACAAGCAGGCUGUGUCUGCUGCGGGGAGCCAAGGGGAGGUGGCAGCCCAGUGGCUCAGCCUCCUUGAAGAGCAGGUCCUGGAGCACAGGUGCAUGGGGGGAGGCCUGCCCACUCCCUGAGGGUGCAGUGGCCAGUGCCCCUUCUUGCGCAGAGGAAGCUGCUCCCCUCUGUCACCACCACAGCCACCAGAGUGCACCCCACAGAGAGGAGGGGCAGUGGUCUUCAUGCUCUCUGAGCACCACCAGAGAAGCAGAGGAGACACCAGGAAAACCACACGUGAACUCAGACCAGGAGGGGCCGCGGCUAGUCGAGGUGGUGCCUGCCCUGCAUCGCCAGAAGCUGGGGGCCCGGUUUCUGAGUUCAUUGUGCAAGUAAGGAGGACCCAGGAGGGGUCUGCUGCCCCACACCACACACUGGGCCCAGCUGGCCGAAGCCCAGGCCUCUCUGACUGGCCUGAGGCUGUGUAUGCUGCAUUUUGCUUUUAAUUCACAACCAUUUAACACUGGAAAAGACCCUUCAGGAGAUGGGUGAGGCUCUGCGUGCCAAGCCCUGUGGACAGACAGGUGCCGUUGCUGUCAGGGUUUCGGCUGGACAGGAGCCACCCCGGCCCCGGCCCUGCGCCUGCACAUUGACACGGAGCUGACAAUCGGCAGGACACUCAGACACUUCAGACUGAUUUUGUCCAUUAACUUAUUUUUUUAAUACUUGAAAAAACAACUUCAAUUUUAUAUCUUUACUAGAGACACGGAUCACCUGGCCCUGGUGUGGGGGGACGGGGGCGCCCUCGCCAGCCUUCUCUACAGUGUUACUGACCUGCUGGCAUCAGAAGGCGGCCGAGACCCUGGCGGCCCUGCUCACAGCUCUGCCCUCCACCUCCCCCGACCCCAUUCUCUCUCGGCGCCAGGCGGACAUCGGCACCUACUUGUCCGGGAGACCCCGCAGCCCCGGGGAAGCCUGCUCUGCAGAGGGCCCUUUCCCUCAGCCCUGACACAGGGCUUCUCGCCGCCACACAUUUCAUGAGGAAAGCUUGGGGGUGGCCCUCUGCCAAGCUGGCUGAGAGAGUGCUUGGUGGGGCCUUGUGAUCUGUCUGAUUAGGGUUCCCUCAGCCCAGCCUCAGGUCCCCCAGGUGCACAUGCAGGUGGGCCACAGACACUGGGGCUUUGGAUGAUCUCUCCAAACAGAUAGCAGCUCCAGCCCAGACGUCCGCAGUUCGCAGAUUUUCACGGGGAGACAAGGCGUGAUGAGCACCCUAAGAGCCAAACUGCUUAUUUCUUUUGGCUCAGCCACUGUCUGAGGAACCCUGGUGGGGCAUCACUUGUUCAUCCAAAGACUUAGCACGUGGUGAGCCCAGGGAGGAGGCCCACCAGCCAGGCCAGGCUCGGAGGGUCCUGUAGCCAACUCCUGUCCCGAGGGCAAGACGGGUGGGGCGUCGUGCUGACCGUGGCAGCCCCGCGGGAACCCACACCGUGCCUCCGCCUGACCGCCAUCCUCACGCAGAGGGCGAGGAACCUGGCUGCUGCCCAGAGCUGCACCCGCCGUGGAAACGCGGGCUCUGGCUUCACUUCCUGUUCGCGAUGAGGCGCAGGCUGUUCUUAUUCUCUUUUCUUAGAAGGGAGAGAGAAGGGUGUUCUAGAUUCCACCUUAAGCCCCAGCCUUCCAAUAAAAUUGGACUUGGGACAGGACCAUUAUCGCUGUGUGGCCUUUUCCCUGACCCUCCACCUCUCAAAGGCCGGUGCCACCGCGCCCAGGACCCCCGCCUCCCUCCCUUGGGGGACCCGGAAGCCCUUUACGCAGUGGCUGGGAGGGAUGCGGCCCCUCUGUGUGACCUAAUGGAGCACGGGCGUGAACGUCACUGUCCGCCCCUUGCUUGGGCCAGCACUGCGUUCUCCCAACGCACACUUCCUUCAGCCACUAGAAUGGAGCUGAAGAUUUUGCAGAGAAGCUUCAGACACCCACAAGCCUGUGCAAUGUCCCCAGCACUGCACUCCCAACACUGUUUAAAGCCCCGUUUUAUAAUCACUAGUUUGCAGUUUAUUUAGCACCCUGGUGACCUGCUGCAUGAGAUGUUUUCCAGCUCCAGGCAGGCUUUCUCCUGGGAGUUCAUCCCCUUGAAGGCAGGGGGUCAGGACACAUUUAUCGGAAAUGCCUGAGGCAGGGGAGCCCAGACACAAGGCUCCAGCAGCCCGGAGUCCACUCCCAGCGGCGGGCUGGCUGGCCAGUGUGAGGCUCUGACCGGACGGCGCCCUGUGGGCCCCAGGCGCUGCUCUCCAGCUUCUUUUGACCAGCAGUGAUAAACUUUUUUAUCCUUUCAAAAGAGAGGACAUUUUUCAGUGGGGCAGGAAGUGAAGAGAAUUUAAAGAAAAGAAGGUCUAAGGAAGUAACAGCUGAGCUAAAGGGGA